UCCAUGGGUCACGACCCCAGAAGCCCGCUGGAGGCCCUGGAGGCCCAGGACAGCUACAGGCUCUUCGCCCGAAGGGACAGGCCAGUGACCCCAGGGGAGGAAGAUGAAGGGUCUGAGGCUAACCUGCAAGACAGGAACCUGAAGAGGAACUACAUCGAGCUUGUCCAAGGCAUGCAGGAGUGGCAGGACGGCUGUGUCUACCGGGGGGAGUUUGGGCUUGACAUGAAGCUUGGAUACGGAGAGUUCUCUUGGCCCACAGGAGAGGUCUACCGAGGGCAGUUUUACCGGGACCACUGUCAUGGUGUGGGCACUUACACGUGGCCAGAUGGCUCCAGUUUCACUGGCAUGUUUUACCUCAGCCAACGAGAGGGCUAUGGUACUAUGUACAUGAAGACAAGGCUCUUCCAGGGGCUAUACAAAGCGGACGAAAGGUUCGGGCCAGGCUUUGAGACGUACCCCGAUGGCUGCCAGGAUGUGGGCCUGUGGUUCCGUGAGCACCUUGUCAAAUUGUGCAUGGACAUUCCCAGCAGCUUCUGCCUGCUCAGCUACCCAGAGUUCUCAGCCUUCCUCACACAGUGUCAGGAGAGACUUAGUCUCUCCGAGGAGGAGAGAGCGGAGUGGCACCCAACGGAGGAGCAGGACCCCUUCUUCUAUGAGUACAAGCGGUUUCUUGUGAGUGAUGACCUCACGCUGCCCCCAGAAAUGCACAUCUACUCAACUGACAACCAGCACCUGCCCAUGCCAGACUCUUUCCGCAGAGAGCUGGAUGCCCAGGUCUUCCAUAAUGAAAUCCCCCCAUUCAUCGAGGAUGGAGAACCCUGGUUUAUACAAAAUCAGACACCUCUGUUGAUAAAAAUCCAGAAACAAGCCUACAAGUUCAGGUGGGUUCCUGAUGUCCUCCAGGGCCAGGUGCAUUCUCAUCAUGACAUUGUCAACCUGCUCCUGGACUUUGGGGCUGAUGUGAACAAGUGCUCCGAUGAGGGCCUUACCCCGCUUAGCAUGUGCUUCCUCCUCUACUACCCUAGCAAGGCCUUCAAGCCCAACAUUGCAGAGAGGACGGUGCCCCAGGAAAUUCCCACGUUCCUAAGUGCCUCAAAAUACUCCAUCAUGAACCUGGAGUCCAUUUACGAGGCGAACGACAUGGUCUCGAGCAGUGAAGAACGGAAGGCAGCCAUCUCGAGCGGCCUGGAGGACCAGUCCCCCAGCAGCAUGCUGCGGUGGGACUCCUCCUCGAGGCGCAGCCUCGGUGACCUGGAGCAGGUGGUGGAGGAGUCGGAGGGGAACAUCAGCACCAUAUACAGCACCACCGAGACAAACUUUGAGUCCUCCCUGUGUGUGCGCAACUACACCAUCCAGCUGUCCAGGGACAUCCUGGAGAAGAGUGCCGAGGCGUACAGCAUGCUGCAGGCCCCCGCUUUUCCCGACAAGGGGACCAUGAGGAAAAUGGCGCAGUCCAUGCACGAGCACCGGAGCCUGUGGAUGACCAUCCAGCUGCUGCUGUGCCGUGGUGCUGACCCCAACCUGUGCCAAGUGCCCAUGCAGGCCCUCUUCCUUGCUGUGAAGGCUGGGGACGUGGAAGGAGUGAAGCUGCUUCUGGAGAGUGGGGCCAGGACGGACAUCCAGUACCCGCCUCAGCUGCGGUCCCUGACUCCACUCCACAUUGCCGUUUCCCUUCCUGGGGAGGAAGGAGUCAAGAUAACCGAGCUGCUGCUCCACGCCAUCACCAAUGUGGAUGCCAAGGCAACUGACCAGGAUGAGGUGUACAAGGCCAGCAAGUUGGACCUACUGCCCUCGAGCCUGAAGCUCAACAACGAGCUGGGCCCGCCUAGCAGCUACUACACGGCAGUUCCCACAUGUGUCCCUGAGGAGGGCGGCAGGACAGCUCUGCACGUGGCCUGCGAGCGGGAGGACAGCAGGAAGUGUGCCAGGGACGUGGUUCGCCUCCUCCUCACCCACAGAGCGAAUCCGAACCUGCUGUGGAGCGGCCACUCCCCACUCUCCCUGUCCAUUGCCAGCGGGAAUGACCUGGUCGUGAAGGAACUCCUGUCCAAGGGAGCCGACCCCAACCUGCCCCUGACCAGAGGCUUGGGCAACGCCUUGUGUGUCACCUGUGACAUAGUCUAUGAGAAUCAGAGGAGCACAGACAACAAGAUCGCCCUGAUCGACCGGCUCAUUAACCACGGGGCAGAUGUCCUGACGCCUGUGACGCUCACCCAGGGUGACAAGGUGGCUGUGGGCACCGUGGUGGACUACGGUUACUUCAGAUUCUACCAGGAUCGGAAGAUCGCCCACUGCCCCUUCCAUGCAUUGCUGCCUGCAGAACGGGAGACGUUUCUGGCCCGGAAGAGGCUGCUGGAGUACAUGGGCCUGCAGCUGCGGCAGGCGGUACUCGCCAAGGAGAGCCAGUGGGACGCCAGGGAGCUGUACCUGAGCAAGAGGGCGGAGAUGGGCCCCAUCCACAGGCUGAAGAAGAAGAGCAGCAGCCCGUCCAAGGCUGUGGAGAAAAAGGAAUCGUGA